UGUGUGCUGUGUCGCGUCCGGUGGAGAAUAUCUCCUUCGGAGUAUCGUGGUGCGAACGUGUCUAUCGGAUCUCUGUUCACCAUUGAACUCGCGAUCUGCUUGCGAUCGGUAAAGAGAGAGAGAGAGAGAGAGAGAGAGUCGUGGUGACGUUAACUGCGAAUCUCGUCGAAUCGAACAGCGACUUCCAACUUCUCCGUGGAGGAGGUGUGGACACACACGCGCAACGAGUACCGACGAGUACCAACGAGUGGGCCGACGUGAGCCGCCGAACGUUCUGUCUCGUGUCACACCGAAGGAAGUGUCGAUUCGGCGGAAACACCAACAGCCAUGGCCGCGAUGUCCGUGAUCGGGAUUGACUUUGGAAACGAGAGCUGUUACGUAGCCGUGGCCCGUGCCGGCGGCAUCGAGACCAUCGCGAACGACUACAGUCUUCGCAGCACGCCAUCGUGUGUGGCGUUUAGUGGAAAAAACCGAAUACUCGGAGUGGCAGCUAAGAACCAAAUGGUGACCAAUGUAAGGAAUACCAUUCAUGGUUUUAAAAGGUUAUUAGGUAGAAAAUAUAACGAUCCACAAGUUCAAGGCGAGUUGCGAUUUCUUCCAUUUAAAAUAACUUCGCAAGCUGAUGGAAGCAUUGGUAUACAUGUACAAUAUCUGGGAGAAGAGCAUGUUUUUUCACCGGAGCAAAUUACUGCUAUGCUCUUCACAAAAUUGAAAGAUAUUUCUGAAACAGCGCUACAAACUGCUGUUAAUGAUUGUGUCAUAUCAGUUCCUUCAUACUUUACUCAAGCUGAACGUCAAGCUCUGCUUGAUGCUGCUAGGAUUGCAGGCCUUAAUGUUCUAAGAUUAUUUAAUGAGACCACUGCUACUGCUCUUUGUUAUGGUAUUUAUAAGCAAGAUUUGCCAGCGGCAGAGGCGCCUCCUAGAAACAUUGUUUUUGUGGAUUGUGGCAACGCUUCUUUACAAGUGAGCGUUUGUGCCUUUCAUAAAGGCAAACUUAAGAUGUUGGCAAGUACCGCUGAUAGUCAAUUGGGAGGAAGAGAUAUCGACGUUAUUUUGACAGAGCACUUCUGCAAUGAAUUUAAAACACGAUACAACAUUGACGUGCAUACCAAUCCGCGGGCGUACUUAAGAUUAUUAGCAGAAGCUGAGAAACUGAAGAAACAAAUGUCGGCUAAUUCAACCUCUCUUCCUUUAAAUAUUGAAUGUUUUAUGGACGAGAAGGAUGUACACGCUGAUAUGAAGCGUAACGAUAUGGAAGCACUAUGCGCUCAUUUAUUUGAACGUGUUGAGAAAACUCUUAAACAAUGUUUGUCAGAUUCGAAAUUGAAACUAGAAGAUAUUCAUGCGGUCGAGUUGGCAGGAGGAUCGAGCCGCGUCCCUGCUAUCAAACGUUUAGUAGAGGAAAUUUUCGGUCGACCGAUAUCAACGACACUGAAUCAAGACGAAGCAGUUGCUCGUGGUUGCGCGUUGCAGUGCGCUAUGCUCAGCCCUGCUGUGCGUGUCCGUGAAUUUUCUGUUACGGAUUUACAGCCGUAUCCCUUGAAAUUGACAUGGGAUGCGAACCAAGGCGAGGAAGGCGAAAUGGAAGUAUUCGGGUAUAAUCAUCCUGUGCCGUUCUCAAAAAUGUUGACGUUCUAUCGUUCGAGUCCGUUUACGCUAACAGCUAGUUACAGUGUGCUGCCUCCAUGUUAUCCCCAGUCAUAUAUUGGAACGUUCACGAUAAAAAACAUAAAGGCUACACCAGAGGGUGAGUCGGCAAAGGUCAAGGUAAAGGUAAGAGUGAAUUUGAAUGGUAUUUUAACCAUUGCGUCGGCUUCGCUUAUUGAAAAACGUGAGCCGACGCAACAAGAGAAGGAAGAGGAAGAGGCUCAGCAGCAGCAGCAGCAGCAACCACAACAGAAUAAUAUGGAUGUUGAGUCGCAAGCGACAGAUAAAAAAGAUAAAUCUGAUCAGGAUGCACAGGCCAACGAACCACCAGCUCCAGAGGUGAGCAUGGAUAAGACACGACGGAACUCAGAUGCUGAUGAUGGUGGAAAAGGUGCUGGGGGUUCUGCCCCUUCCUACUCCUCCAGGAUUCUCUCUUGGUUCAGCUCGGGAGAUGAUAAAGGCGACGAUAAAAGUAGGAAAAAGAUUCCUAUUCGUACAAUCGAUUUACCUAUUGAAGCUAAUGUUUGUGGAUUAACUCUACGAGAUCUCGAUGCUGCAAUAGAAAAAGAAGGCAAAAUGAUUGCUGAAGAUAAACAGGAAAAAGAACGAGUUGACGCGCGUAAUGCUUUGGAAGAAUAUGUUUAUGAUCUGCGUGCUAAAUUGUCCGACGAGGAUCAAUUAGCUACAUUCAUUACAGAAAUAGAUAAAGAAGCGUUAUGUCGCACAUUGAAUGAUACUGAAGAUUGGCUCUAUGAAGAAGGGGAAGAUUGUCAACGACAAAUUUACUCGGAGCGAUUGACGCGCUUGAAGUCCCAAGGGGAACCAAUAAAGGAAAGAAGAUCAGAAUUUGAAGGAAGAUCGUACGCAUUAGAAGAAUUAGGUGUGGCGUUACAACUGGCUAAAAAAAGUCUAGAUCAAAUAAAAAUGUCAAAUGGAAAGGAUGACAAAUAUUCUCAUUUGACGGAAGAAGAAGUGAAAACAGUUGAGAAAACUGUACAAGAGAAAUGGACAUGGCUGGAGGAGAAACGUAUUCUGCUUGCAAGUACACUUCGCACGCAACAACCACCAGUUACUGUGGCGCAGAUUCGGGCCGAAAAACAAUCAUUGGACAGUGUGGUACUACCUAUUCUUAAUAAGCCUAAACCUAAAGUAGAACCGCCAAAAGAGGAAAAACUGAAAGACAAAUCUGCUGACGAACAGAAAAAUAAUCAAAAUACCCAAAGUAACAAUCACAAUCAAUCCAACCAGCAGCAGCAGCAACAAGCAGAGGAAGAAAAAAUGGAUGUUGAGUAACAGUCACCACAACUCUUAUGUGUUUUUAAUAAUAUUAAAUCUACUAUAAUUGAAAUAGGGAAUAUUUUUCAUUUGGAUAAAUCAUGUUUAUUACAUCUCGAAAACACCUGUCAUGUGAUUUGCACAUCGAUUGUUUUUCUGUUUGUUUUUUUUCUCUAUUUUCUCUGUAACAUCUAUUAAUCUGAUGAAUUGAUCUGUUUAAUGACAUAAAUCGCUCAUUUAUUACAACGACAUAAUCCAAAUUUUUCAUUUUGGAGCUUGCAAACAAAACUAAGAAAAAAGGAAGAAAAUACUUAAAAAAAAACAUUUUUUUCCUCUAUUUUUUAGUUACAUCGAAAUUACAUUUUAAAGUUACAAAUAUUACAGAAUUUUAAUAAAUUAGAACAUUUAAACUUAUUUUCAGGAAAACUUCGUUUUUCUAACUGUGCUGUUAAUGUAACAAAUGAGCGAUAUAUAUCCUACUAUUAUCAGCAUAAACGUAUUGCGCAAAAAUUAAACAAAUAAUGUAAAUUUGUUAAAUUUCUGGACUAUGCGAAAGAAAUAUUCUUUUGUUUAAAAGCAGUUUGUUCUGACAUUUGUAAUAAUUAUUGCAAAUGAAAUUAUAAUCUGAACAAAUUGAAGCAUAAUCAACUCGAAUUAUUGAAGCUUCUUUAUAUAGAAAUUUUUUUUUCUUUUUUGAUUUUUAGUAGGCUUCUAAAUGCACAUAACUGAAUUAUACAGAAUAGAUAUUUAAAAAUGAUUAUGAAAUAAAAUUGCCAGUAGAAAAAAUUAAUAUGUUGCGACUUUUAAUGUAUAGAAUGAGUGCUAAGUUAAGUCUAAUUGACCAAAAUAAAUUGUGAACUUUAGAUAAUUUCGCUGGCGAUCUUAUGUAUUUAAUAAUACAAUUAAUUAUUCAUUCCAACAUUUUCCUCAUGGCCGACAGCAAAUACUCUGUCACAAAUGUUUUUGUUGCAUUUAUGAUACUUAAAUAAAUUAAUAUUUCGCUAACUGAAAUUAUGCUAAGUCUGCUUUAAUUUGGGGACUUAACAUCUACAAAAAUGUUACAAGAAUUUAUUGCAAUUCCUUUUUUUUAAUUUCAAUUGGAUUUGAAUCAUUUUUGUAAAAAUCAUUUCCUAGAGAAUUGUAAUUGAACUAGAUAUAUCAUUGUACAUAAUUUAUAGGCAUCUGCACAAUGACAUAGUAUAUUUCUUUAUCUCUCACGAUAUUUAUAUUGCUAUAUUACUUCACAGCACAUAGAAAAAUUCAUUAUAGCGAAAAUUAUGUUCCUAGAAUAAGCAAGAUAGGCGGUCCAUAUUUCAUUCUUCCGCCUAACUUUAUUUCCACAUUGCUUUUAGCAACUAAGAAUCGCAAAUUAUUACAUAUGUAUAGUAUAGUUACUAUUAACAAGAUGUAAAAAAUGUGAGUGUUAAAAAUACUUCACUUUUUUGAAUGAUAAAAGUUUUCAUCACA